AUGGCAACUGAAAAUAAAAUGGAAGAACAACUCAAACUAUUAGAACAUCAAAUAAAUGAAACUACAAAUAAGUAUAAUGAUAUAUUAUCAAUAAAAGGGACAUUAAAAAAGAGGUUAGAAGAAAUGGUAGUACCAGAAAUAACAAAAGAAGAAAUAAUGAAGAAAGAAGAAGAAUUAAAACAACUUCAAAAAGAAAUCAAUGAAUUAAAACUAGAAAUUAAUGAAGAAGAAAAAAAGGCACUUACUAAAGAGUCUAAUGGAAUAAAUAAAAGAGAAGAUGUGAAAGGUUCAUUUAAACUUAGUGUUAGAAGAGAAAGAUCAAAGACUGCUGUUAUUAGAUUAAGAGAGAAAUCACAUCAACCAUUAGCUGUCACAGAUUAUAGUGCUGAUUUUGAGAAUAGAAAGAAUACUGAAUUUACUAGAUAUGCUGAAACUAUUUCAAAUAUGUUGAAACAAAAUGAAUCAAUUUCAACAGAUGAAAUUAUUGAUCAGUUAGCUUCUAAACUUAAUGAAUUACAUGAUGAAUUAGAUGGAGAUUCUUUAAUUCCAGAUACUUCAACUGCAGAAUUAUUAAAAACUACUAAUUAUGAAUCAAUUCAUUUAAGAAAAACCUCUACUGCUUUUAGAGUUACUUCAAAAAUUGCACCAGGUGAUAUCAUAUUACGUGAUGCUAACGAUAGUGAUGUUAAACGAUUUGAAGAAGUAAUUCUUAAUAUGAGUGAACAAGCAGCAGCAGUUGCUGCUUGUAGUGAAGAUGCAUUAUGUUUCGGAUCAUUAGUAUUAGUAAACAAAGAUGAUAAUUCAUUUUCUGUAGAAUUUAGUGUAAGAUGUGAGACAUUAAGAGGAGAAGUAGUAAAAUUAUUUGAUGCAGCUAAACAUGCUAUUGAUGAGCCAAUUGUUUUUAGAGAAGAUUCAUCGAUUUUUGUUGAGAAUUAUAAAUCGGAAAUUGCACCAUUUGUUAAACUAUUAACUGACUCAAAAGAAUUAGUCAAAAAUAAAUCAAUUGAACCAGUUAUUGAUUCAGCAAUGAUUGACGCUUUUAAUGGUGUUGGAACACAAAUUAAAGCUGGACAAGUCGAAAAAACUUUUUAUGACAAAGCCCUUGCUGUUCGUGCGUUAACAUCAGAACUUAUUGUUCUUGCAGGUACUAUUGCAAAAAUGAAACCAAAAAGUUCUGAAGAAUGUAAUUAUUGUGAUAAUAAAAAUAAUUCAUUAUCAUCUAAUUCAGGGAAUAAUGGAUGUAUUACAUUUGAUUCAAAAAGAUUUGAAAAAGAAAAGUUAUUGUAUGUUGAGACAAGUGAUGUUCUUAUUAGAAUUAUUGAUACAUUAAGUAGUUAUAUUAAUGCUGUUGCUACUGCUCAUAAAAUUGCUACAAUGCAAAAAUCAUCUACAGUAACUAAAGAAACAGAAGAUAAAGAUCCAUUAUGGGAAGAAUUAAAUGGAAGUGUUAAAAAACUUAAAUACGAUGAAAUAAAACAUACAGUAGAUGGUGGUUCAUUAAAUAGAUUUAUUGAAUUAUUAACAAGUCCUGGAUUGAUUAAUAAUGAUUUCAAUAGAGUAUUUAUGUGUUCAUUUCCAUAUUUUACAAAUUCUAAAACUGUGUUACAAAAAUUAAUUGAACGAUAUAGAGUUCCUAAAGAAUUUGUUAUUGAUUCUACAAAAUACGUUAUCGAUGAAACAAAUUCUAAUGAACAAUCUAAAGAGUCUAGAAUGAAUGAAGAUGCCAUAUCAAUUGCUAAAAAAAUUAAAGUUCGUACUGUUAUUGCAUUAAAAGGAUUAUUGCUUGAUGCUUUUGAAGAGUGUGAUGAAUCUGUUAUUGAAGAGGCUCAAUGUUUCCUUGAUAAUGAAUUAGGAGUCAAUGAUAGUACUAAAACUCUUAAAGAACAACUUAAAAGAAGAGUUAAUGAAAGAAGUAAACAAAUUACAAGUUUCUUAAUUCCACCAAUUGAUUUCUUUAUUCCUGAUGAACAUAUCUCACCAACUAUGCUUAUUGCUAUGAUGGAUGAAGUCGAAAUUGCAAGACAAUUAACUAUGGUAGAUUAUAAUAUUUAUAAGACUAUUCAACCAUCAGAACUUUAUAACUCUGAUGUAUUUACUAAAAAUGAAUUAAGGUAUAGAGCAGAAAAUGUUAUGAGAAUGUCUGAUAGAGUGAAUGAAAUCUGUUUUUGGGUAGCAUCAUUAAUUCUUUCAUUCCCCGAUUUAAAUAAUAGAGCAAAGAUGAUGACUAAAUUAAUUAAUGUAGCAGAGGUAUUAUUUAAUAUGAAUAACUUCCAUUCAUUAGCAGGUAUUUAUGUUGGUAUUGAAGGAUAUUCUAGUAUUUCUAGGUUAAAGAAAACACGAGCUGAAUUACCAGUAUCCGCUCAAAAAACAUUAGACAAAUUAAAUAAAUGGCUUGGACUUGAAUCAAAUUAUCUAUUAUAUAGAAAUCAUUUAAGUAGUCUUAAAGAUAGAUGCGUACCAUUUAUUUCUGUUAUCGGUAAAGAUUUGACUUUUAUUAUUGAAGGAGCAAAAGCUACUUUUGAUUAUGAUGUAGGUGGUGUUCAAUGUAAAUUAAUUAAUUUCUAUCGUCAUCAAUUAGCAAAUGAGAAAGUUACAGACUAUUUGAAAUUCCAACAAUACCCUUAUACAUUCCCAGUUGUUCAACCUUUAUAUCAAUACAUAUCCAAUCCAUUAUACUUACCAGAUAAGUUAAUUUACGACCUUUCAUUGUUAUAUGAGCCAAGAGGAAAAUAA